CGGCAGUGUAUCGGUGGCAGCUGACGCGACGCCCGUUUUCGCCUCGUCUUUGCUCUAGAACCAACACGCGGUAUGUAGCAAAAAACAUCGACGCUACAGGUGCCCGUGCUGAUCGCCCGGCGCAUGAUAAAUGACACCGUGUUACCCAACGGGUUGAGUGCCAGGAAAUAGGCCGUAGUCGCGAAUAAACAAACAAUUUUUCGCGCGCUCCACGCCUGUUGCAAUCAUCAUCAGACAUGUGACAAAAAGUGAACAGAGGAAAUAGAGAAAAUAUGUCUAAAUUAAAGAAUAUAUUGUGAUAUAAAGUGCUAAAUCCAAGUGUGUACAUGAUAUUAUGGCAUAGAAAAAUAUUUUUGGAGAUGCAGAAAACAAGAAUCCCGUCAUGGGGCUUCUACAUUCCCUUUCUACUGUACGUUCUAAAACAAGGUUAUGGUCAAGCCACAGACCUGGACGUGCGGCUGGCGGCGCCGAGCUGGGUCGCGCGCGGGGGCUCCGCCACACUGCAGUGCCUGCACCAGGUGCCUCCUCAUCUGCUCUACAAGGUGGAGUUCCUCAGGUCCCAGUCUAAGCUGCUGCAGUACGUCCGCGAGAGAGUGCCACCCUUCACUAAUUACACGUUCAGUGGAGGAAAGUUGAAUAUGUCUUUGGCGACGGAGAACUCUAUAACCAUAGACAACAUGGACCCGUCUGCCUCGGGGCUGUACUGGUGCGAGGUGUCCCUGGAGACGCCCAUCUUCACAGCUGCCUCCCCCCCUCACCAGCUAACAGUCGUAUAUUCUCAAAAGCACCCUCCGGUCAUCACCUUCGGCAAGCCAGACGUGGUGGUGGGUGGUCUGCUCCGGGCGAACUGCACCAGCGCGCCGGCAGCCCCCGCGCCUCGCCUCACCUGGUACAUUAACAAUGAGAAGGUGAGUGACGACGCUGUGAGAUAUUUCUCAUACAGAGUGUCAAGCAUGACUCGCACCAAAGGGGGGGCAGGGUACCGACACAGGAAGCACCAACACCGGUACAUAGCUCCAGAGUUCAACUACACGGCUAAAUAUUGGGCCCUGGUGAGCGAGACAACCACCCCGCCACCAGCCAACCACAGCAAGCACAGUAAAUGCACCCUCAAGGAAGCCCAGAGCGAGGAAAUGUCCAAGAAUUCUCAUUUGGGACAGAUACAAGAGAGACAACGGACUCCGCCUGUGACGCCUGUGUCUCUGUGGGUGUCGAUAGCGGAGCUGAGGACUCCAGCCCAUGGCAGACUACAGCUGACCUGUACUGCUACUAUCCCUGACGAAGUGGGACCAGGCGAAAGAUUCGCCGACAUUAAGAAGCAAACUGUCGCCGUUGCGUUAAACGAACUCAGCUUGAAGAAGCCACACUCGGAGACCAGCCAGGCCAAUGCUACGUCAACUUGCCUUCACAAUUACCACCCACUAUGGCUCGUUAGCUAUGGACUCAUUAUACGGGAGUUUUCGCUCCAAUUAAAUUGAAUAAAUUGAAGAUUUGCUUCUACCAUCUUGUUCAUAAGUGAUUCAUUUGUCACUUACAUACUGCUACUUUUUAGAUUUAUUUAAGCGUUUAUAAAAAUAUGUAACGAAGUUAUAUUACAUUUUUAUGCCCCAUCGUCUCACUUUCAAGGUAAAAAUGGUUGUCCCGUUUAUGUUUGCUAGAUUCUACGAAUUGUUCUAUUAUAGAUAUAGAUUUUUAUAUAUUUUAAACAUACGUACCUUUUUACCUGAAUUUUCAAGUUACUGUGUUCAAAUUGUUGUGAAAAUAGCGAUUUGCACUUAAACAUUCAAAACACAAAAAACAAUUAACGAGUAUCAAAUGUUAUUUUAAUUAUCCUAAAUAAAAGUUGUUUUACAUUCUUGAGCUUCGAUAGAGUCAAUUAUAUAUGAUAAUGUUCAUAAAAAAUACUAAGUACUUUGUGAAAAUUUUAUGACAAUAUGUUAUAAUUUUUAUAUGAUGAAUCGAAAUAUCUGGUUUUUGUUUACAAUAAAAAAUAUAUAUUUGCCAUACCAUAUUAUUCACAUUACAAUAAAGUCAUACAAUUUUAAUGUAUGUGAUUAAUUAAGUAUGUACCUAUUAUUUAAUUUCAAAUAUGUAUUCUGAACACAAAUGGCAUAUAAAAUUUUUUAUCAAUACCUGCUCAUGCUAUUGUAUAAGAAUAUUAAUAAAUAUCAUUAGCAAAAUUGAAUACAGAUACAAUACACUAAUUUGACGUAUCCAUGGUAAAUUAUUCUGUAGAUACUUACGUUGAUAACAUAUUUUCUACAAUUUGGAUUUUGCCAAAUAAAACAAAAACACCUACAAGAAUAAAAAGUGAAUAUGCCUUCAUAAAAUGAAGUGUUUAGAGUAGAUUUGAAAAUAUUAGAGAUUUAAUAGUAAUUGUUGUGUACUUUAAAGACCCGUUUACCUAGAAUUAUUUAGUGUCUGAUCCCUCUUUUAAAAUAACGGAAAUAGGUCCUUGUCAUAUUAAUUAAAAUAAAUUGAAUUGAUAAAAAAAAUUAAACCAGUUUUCAUGCAUACAUUUCGGCUUAAUAAUAUGAAAGAAAAUGUAAAAAGAAAGUUUUAUGUCAUAUUUUCCUCAUAUUUUAUUUUUUGUUAAGGAUACCUCAAGACGUUGUCCUAAAAGUACCUAAUUAAUUACGGUUUCAUGUCACUAUUUCCAAUCACAUUAUUUUCUCACUUUGAUAUUACGUUAUUUUAAUCUGUUCUUAAAUUAAUACCACUACAGGAUGGUCAAAUUAAAAAUAAAUCAUUCCCCUCCCUCCAUUCUUUGCUGUCGAGCAAGAUGACAUUAAAACAAAAUAGUAAAUUUUAUUUAGAUGCAUUUAGAAUGUUGGAGUAGGUCUAGGUGAAUUAAAUAUACAUAAAUAAAGGUGACAAUAACCAUUAAAAGGUAAAAUAGGCUAUUUAUUAGUUUUUGUGUAAUAUAUUUACUGCUUUUUUAUUCUGUCGCUUUACUCUUUUAGGACAACAUCUGAAAAACUUCAAAAAUUAAAUGUUAGACUAACCAAAGAUAUUAUUAUGUUUUAGUUUCUGAUUAGUUAUCGAGAGCACUCUACUGUGUUCGUAAUCGUAACAUAAAAUAAUAAUAUUUCAUGUGAAUUACAAAUAAGAAAAUAUUUUGAGAUUUCGAUUAUUACCUGUAUUUGGCAGAAUAUUUUCGAUAUCAUUAGUGUUACGCUGUAAAGCAGAAAUAUUUAUAUUUAAAUUAAUUGCCGGAAAAGAGUCGACGGAAAGAGAACACGACGUUUAUUUUGUUUUUUUUUUCCGAAGAAUAUGCCAAAACAACAUAUACAAACUUACAAAAAUUUCAUCUUUAUAUUGUAGAUUGUUUUUUGGUGAUUUUUCUGUGUUUUGUAUUACGAUGUAAGAAGUAAUAUAAUAGUAAAGCGGUAUUAAAAAAGCAAUCUACUAUUAUUACUAUAUUUUCAUCUUAAAUACACACGACAGGAUUUCCAUGAAAACCCCUACAAAAAUCACUCAAUAGAAAAUGAUUUCGAGUUUUCCCCUAAUUUUAUAACAUUUCACCGACUUCUUAGUUAUAAAGUUCUCUUUCCUUAUAAAAAAGUCGAUUCUUUAUUCCGGUGUUGAAAGUCUUCCUGCAGCUCUUUACACUGACUAUUGUAGAAAAUUUAUUUGUUAGGCUAAACAUGUGAUAAGUUACAGAUAUAAUGUGUAUAUUAAAGUAAAAUAUAUUUUCAAUUAGAUCGAUUGUAAUCCACGUGCUACUGUAAUUAAAAUAUUACGUGUAUAUUGAUUAUAGAAUAGGUACCUAUUCUACCAACUUAUAUAGUGCAGUCAGACCGACAAUAGCUUAUUUGCACAAUAAAAUGGCAGAGUUCAUUUAUAAGAAUAUUGUUAAAAUUUAUUUAAAUUCCACUAUUUUACUUUUUUAUAUAUAUAGUUUUUAUAUAUACAUAUAUUUUAUUUUAUUCCUUUACCUUGAACUGCCCUGUCAUUUUGUAUUCAGUUUUCUGAGCAUGUACUUGAUGUAAUCGAAAAAUACAAUAAUGAAUUUGUCAAACUUUUUUUAACUGAAGUAAUAGAAUUAAACUAUAUUAAUGUAAAAUAAGCCAUUGUUGGUUGCUAAUUAGCAUUUAUGGGUACUUAAAAUUAAAAAAUACUAUCGCACGAUGUCAGUGAUGAAAUAUUAAAAAUGCUUG